UGUGUUUUAAUAUACUAUCCAAUAGUUUGGGAUUGAAGAAAUAUUGUGUUUGUGUGCAAGUCCACAACCUUUGUAUUUACUGUAUUGAUUAUUUAAGAGCAUUUUUGGUUUUAUUACUGAAAACGUUGCAGGUGUGUGGCAUUUGUGUGAGUGAGAGAGAUGGUGAAGAUGUAAAUCCUCCGGCAGCACAAUAUUUUCUCCAGUUAGUCUGUGUAGAUGGCUCGAUUCUGACAGGGUGUCAUUAAUCAUGCUCUCCGCGCUUCCGCUGAUCCCAGGCUUAUUUAAUUUAGUCAUUGGCUGUUGAUGAUCUUUCCACUAUCAGUGAUUUAUAAUGAAGAGAAUGGUGCUCAGCUACACAACAGAUGUAAACAGAAAAACUGCCCUUGCAGUGCUUUUGUUUUCUUUAAAAGUUUUGUCAUUGUUGUUCCUAGACUGUAAUGUUAUGGUGAAGUUACUGUAGGAGCAGUGUGUUAAAAAACUCUUCAGUCAAUCACUGUGGACACUUGGACCAUGUACUUUCUGAAGUUGGUGUUUAAGCGUUAGGAGAUGCAACCACAGAGAAUAAGUAAACACAAACUGGAUCAAGUGCCGUAUUUAAAAAAGUAAAAAUACCAAAUGCUCUUCCUGCACUUUAAGUUAUUUAUUUCAAACCCUAAGACUUUUUAACUAUUAGAACCUACUCUCACGUGUCAGGUUUUGGUGAAAGCAGGUUCAGGUGCUGACCUGUUACUUAGACGUUUUUGAAGAAAUGGACAUAUUUCAAGAUCAAUAUAAAGAACAAAACUGCUAAUUUGCAUAGCAGAGACAAGAUAGUGCUUCAGCCCCUAAAAGCAUUGUUACUUUUAGGGGCUGAAGCAAUGAUAGAACAGUGGGUAAAAACCAACAAUACUGGAGGAAAAGUUUUUUUUUUAACAUUGAAAACUGUUUUUAAUGAAAAGUAAAAUUCUCUCAUUUGUAGCAUGACUCAAAUUCUCUCAUUAAAACAUUAGUAACAAGGGUAGAAUAAAGACAUUUUCCAUUAAAUAUUAAAUGUCCAAACUUCAAAUAUAACUUUUCGCCAGUAUUUCCCUUUUUUAUGUGGAGUUUUAUUUCGUACGUACAUUUAAUUAACUUCAUGAGUCAUUUCAAACUAAUGAGCUGGCAAAGACAAUGUCUAAUCCAAAUAUACGGAGAUAUUAGGACAGGGUGGAGCAUGGAAACAGGGCGGGUGUCUUCUACAUAUUCACGUCGUUAUCACCGCCGCCUUAAAGGUAAUUUGUCUCGUGAAGCGCAGCUGGAGGCCAGAAGAAGAGCGAUUUAUGGAACGAAGAAUUGCCUUUCCGUUUUCACCACACAUUCAGGGAUAGAUGACCGUCAGCUCCUUAACAGACAUCCAGAGGGUUUUUUUUGUGCUUCACUGACACAAGAAGGAGAAGAAGAAAGACUCGUAUUUAAACUAAUUUCUUCAACAGACUGGUAGAAAAAAAAAUGUCAACAAUUGACUUUAAGAGACUUGAGUUGUUUAGCAGCAUCUUGAGCAGCUGCAGUGGAUCCUGUAAUCACUCCCAUCUUUUCCACAACACCAGCACAGGGUGGCUGGUGAGCGAGAUCCUGGAUGACGGAUCUCCCUGGCUGCGGGUGCUUAUCUCUGUGGUCUACUUCAUUGUGGCUACAGCAGGCGUGUUGAGUAACCUGUUAGUGAUGUUCCUUCUUUAUUCAACUCGCACCAUCACCACAGGCACCAUCAAUUUCUUUGUGUUCAACCUGGCUCUGGCCCACCUGCUCUUCUCCCUGGCCCUACCAUUUUGGGCUGUGGAGAUUGCACUGGACUACAGCUGGCCAUUCAGCCUGGCCACGUGCAAGGCUGUUUCCUUGCUCACGGGGCUGAACGUCUUUGCGAGCUGCUUCUUUCUAACUGCUAUGAGUUUGACACGCUACUGCUAUGUGGCGACCGCUCUCAAACCCAGCGCCUCUCUGUGCAGCAUGUCUUGCACUUCGCCCGUGGUCACUGUAUUCAUCUGGGCCGGAGCUCUCGUAGCAGCCACUCCACGUGCUGUCUUUGCAGAGCUAGGCCUGGUGGGCAUCGGUAAUGACACAGCCUGCCUGCUCCGAUUCCCAGACGGUACAGCCUGGCUUGGUAUAAACCAGCUUCUGCGCAUGGUGCUGGGGUUCCUGUUGCCCUACACCAUCAUAAUCAUCUCCUACUUGCUGUUGUUGCGCUUCCUAUGUCGCCACAAGCUGAAAGGCAGCAAUUCUAGGCGAAAAGCUGAUGUUUCCAAAUCUGUGGCAGUAGUCGUUCUUUCAUUCUGCAUCUGCUGGUUUCCCUGCAAUGUUCUCACACUCUGGGGUGUCCUGAUUCACCUGGACAUUGUUGAAAUCAGCCCCUCCUUCUAUUCAGCCCAGACUUACUUUUUCCCUCUGGCCAACUGUUUAGCCUUCACCAGCAGCUGCUUUAACCCUGUCAUUUACUGCCUGAUUAGAAAAGAAUAUCGCUUGGCUCUUCAUAAUGUGUUGGUCAAGUUGAGUCUGGCCAUUACAUCCAAGAUGCCCUAUUAUUUCCACACCAGGGGAGGGUCAGCACAGUCUGGGCAAAUGGCUGUUCCUCUCAACAACAUGUACAGUCAGACAACUCCAUCUGACACCAAAAAAUUUGAACCACUGACAGCACUGCCCACUGCAGUGUCCAACUUGUAAAUGAAAUCUCAAUCAAAGUCUUUACUCCACACUACUGUAAAAAAAAUCUCAGCUGAGGUUUUGGUCUUCAACAUGCUUUAACAUGCACUGCAGAAGACAAUCUCAUAAUGAUUGAUAAUAAGUUCUCACUCUGAGAUACUUGAUGUCAAUUCAUUACUUAUUCAGCACAUACAGUGGUGGCUUUAGACUUGGCAGAAAAACAUCUAUGACUUUGACAUUUUCACUGUCUGCUUUUCCAACAUCUACUCUAUGCUUCAGUGAGUUCUUGUGAUUUCCAUUUUUUACAUAAUGUAAUGGAGGUAUGUUCCGAUGCCCAUUACAGUAUGUACAUCAUUCAAACACUCGCCGAUCCAGUUACCCAAUGCUCUGUAACUGCUUUUCACCACAACCAGCUGUUAGCCUGUGUUGUGUUUUCCUUUGGUUCAGUGUCUGAUUGACCUCAGGGUAGUUUAUUUAAGUAGGAGGUCAACAAUGUACAGAGGACUUUUAUCACCAGGCAUAAUGUAGCAGUUAGCACGCCUGCCUCAGAAGCAGAGCCCUGGGUUUGAUUCCCAGAGGAACCACAUACGCGGCGCCUUCAAGGGGCAGCCUUUCCCAUGUGUGGAAUCAAUACAGUUAAAAUUAUUAUUAUUUAGAUAGAAACAAGACUUACUGUAAGAUUUGUUCUGUUUAUGUGACAGUUUAUUUACUGGGAAGCAGAAGAAAGUGUUUUAAUUUAACUGUUUUUUUUCAUGUUAUUUGUUAUAAUUAAGUAAAUGUAUAAAUCUGUUUUAUUAUGUAAAUCUGUGUACAUAAUUCUUCACACUCUGUAACAUGUAUUACUGCUAUACUGUAGGUCAGGAUUGUGAUUACAGUAGUUAUAUGAUGUAAAACAAAUGUUAAAAAGAGAAAAGUCUGAACUGUCGAAAUGAUUACAACAUUAUUUAUGUUGUUCUUGUCAUUUGUAGAAAUUUGUAGUUCUCUUUUUUCGCCACAAGAUGGUGUUGAUGUUCCAUCAGCUGUGGGCUUAAGUGCCCCUCCUAGUGACUAAUAUUUGUUUAAUACUUUAUUCCCUUAAGGGUGUUUUUUUUUCUAAUACUGUGGUUUUAUUGGAGUACAGCAUCACAAGUAAACCAAGUGUUCUUGGGGUGUUGUUCCCAACAAAACUGGAAAACUGCAGUACAAGAAAAAAAAAACUGAGCCACAUUAAAAACAACACUCUAGUAUCCCUGUAGUUCAACACUAACAAUACAGCAUGUGUCUAGCAGGUAAGUAAAAGGAAAAAGAGUCUUUAAUUAGGGAUUUAUUAAUUUAUUGAAAUCACUCGGAAAAAAAUCACCUGAAAAAUGAUUACAUUCCCUUUGUUCAAACGAAACAAAUCAUAUCAAUCAAGUACAAUAAUAAUUAUAAUAAUAAUAAUGAUUACAAGCGCAAUCAUACCUACCAUAAGUACAAUAGAAAAGAAAACAACCAACGUUUAACGUCCACCAUACAACAUCAGGGAACUAGGAGGCUAUGGCUUAUCCAGGGGGCAUGGCUUAGUUCAAAACAAAUGUCAAGUAAGGUAUUACAUCCAGUAGGCCUAAUUCAAGUCAGAACCCCCACCAUCUAUGUGUAGUCCCCAUACAGUAGAUCAUUUGUGCAGAAUAAUAGCUGCCAAGAAACCAACUUUUUUUUUUUCAAAUUAAUUUUCUUAAAUGCUAUACAUCCAUUGAGUAAACAUAAAUACAGUGUUGUUUAUAAUCUGUUUAAAAAUAUACAGGAUAUCAUAUGUCAUUUAUUAGGUCCUGCUUUAGCUGCAGCAAAGCGGCAGGUCUUUCUCUCCCUCGUGUCAAUAUAUUCUUGGACAUCCAUUACACUCUCAUGCUUCUGUAAACAUUAAACAUUUUUUAAAUUAAAUGUUUAACUACAGUGGGGUAUUUGACAUUUAGUUCAAUUGGUGCCAAGCAACAAAUGAUAAUAAGUUUAAUAGUUACUCAAAAGGAAAUAAUAUCGUAGCUUUCUUUGGGCACAAACUCCACAUUCCUUUGUACUUUUUAAGUGCUUUAAUACUCCCUCGCUUGUUAAGAUUUUGUGCAGAUAUUAAAAAAAGGUUUUGUUCUGUCAAACACCUGAGAGUAUGGCGAAUAACUGGAGCACUAUCCUGUAUCCCGUAUUUUAAAAGCUUUUAAAAUGAAUGGUAACGGCACUUGAAUCCAGUUGUGAUCAGGACAUAUGUUACACCAUGUCCCAUGAUAACAAACGUUUCUUAAAGGAACAUUUUAAAAAAGAAAUAAUAAUAGCAAUGAACAAACAGCCAAAAUUUAUUUUUCAUCUUGAUAUGUGUCAAUAAUAUAUUUGUGUCCUCCACUUGUUGUAGUACCAAAUUGAUGAGAAACAUACAUAAGAGUUAUACAUAACCAUGUGGUUCCAAAAAUGAAACUGUGCAAGUAGAACAAAAGUGCUUUAGUGAUUGUGAUGCAUCUCUGUAUGGAUUGAGGUGCAUGUUUGUAAAUCAACAUGUACAGAGUUACAGGGUUACAGACCUCUGUAAAAAAUUAUGAUUUUAAUCGUGUCAGGGUCCUAGUGGGCGAAGAAGAUCUGAAACAAGAGACUCAGAAUAUAAACUCAGCUUUUACAAUGGUCUGUUACAGUACAGAAUUCCAAAUGAAUUAAAUGAAAUAAUGAUUUGAAGAAUUUGUUCUAUUGAAGCAAUGGUUCCCAUUCUUUAAUACAAUCUAUAGUCUAUUUAUAAAAGUUGAGUUUUGAAGCAGUGACUCUAAAUGUGUUAACAUGGACGGAGGGGCAACAACAGUAGUUGUAUCAACCAGGUGAGCGCUGUAAAAAGGAUCAGGAACCAGUUUUUAGUGGAUAUGAACUAUAAAGG